AUGUCGUGGCUCUUCGGGAUCAAGGGCCCUAAGGGCGAAGGCGCGGGGCCGCCGCUGUCCCUGCCGCCCGCUCAGCCCGGGGGCGAAGGCGGCGGGGACCGCGGCGCGGGGGACCGGCCGGCGCCCAAGGACAAAUGGAGCAACUUUGACCCGACGGGCCUGGAACGUGCAGCCAAGGCGGCGCGAGAGCUGGAGCAUUCGCGACACGCCAAGGAGGCACUGAGUCUUGCACAGAUGCAGGAGCAGACGCUGCAGCUGGAGCAGCAGUCCAAGCUCAAGGAAUAUGAGGCCGCCGUGGAGCAGCUGAAGAGCGAGCAGAUCCGCGUUCAAGCUGAGGAAAGGAGAAAGACUCUGAGCGAGGAGACGAGGCAGCACCAGGCUAGGGCCCAGUACCAGGACAAGCUGGCCCGGCAGCGCUACGAGGACCAGCUGAAGCAACAGCAACUUCUCAACGAGGAGAAUUUAAGGAAGCAGGAGGAGUCUGUGCAGAAGCAGGAGGCCAUGCGGCGAGCCACCGUGGAACGGGAGAUGGAGCUUCGGCACAAGAACGAGAUGCUGCGGGUGGAGGCCGAGGCGCGCGCCCGAGCCAAGGCCGAGCGUGAGAACGCAGACAUUAUUCGUGAGCAGAUACGCUUGAAGGCUGCUGAGCACCGGCAGACCAUUCUGGAGUCCAUCAGGACAGCCGGCACCCUGUUUGGGGAAGGGUUCCGUGCCUUCGUGACAGACUGGGACAAAGUGACAGCCACGGUGGCCGGGCUGACACUGCUGGCCGUGGGGGUCUACUCUGCCAAGAACGCCACGUCUGUUGCUGGACGGUACGUUGAGGCCCGGCUGGGGAAGCCGUCCCUGGUGAGGGAGACGUCUCGGAUCACAGUGCUUGAGGCCCUGAGGCACCCCAUGCAGGUCAGCAGGCGCCUCCUUGGUAAGCCCCAGGACGCACUGGAGGGCGUCGUCCUCAGUCCCAGCCUGGAAGCGCGCGUGCGAGACAUUGCCAUUGCGACAAGGAACACCAAGAAGAACCGGAGCCUCUAUAGGAACAUUCUGAUGUAUGGGCCUCCUGGCACCGGCAAGACGCUGUUUGCCAAGAAACUCGCGCUGCACUCGGGCAUGGACUAUGCCAUCAUGACAGGUGGGGAUGUGGCCCCCAUGGGGCGGGAUGGCGUGACUGCUGUGCACAAGGUCUUCGACUGGGCCAGCACCAGCCGGCGAGGCCUUUGCCUGAUGCCGGGACUUUUUCUGCAGGAGAAGAUAAGCGAGGACCUCAGGGCCACCCUGAAUGCAUUCCUGCACCGGACAGGGCAGCACAGCAGCAAGUUCAUGCUGGUCCUGGCCAGCAACCAGCCCGAGCAGUUUGACUGGGCCGUCAACGACCGCAUCGACGAGAUGGUCCGCUUCGAUCUGCCGCGGCAGGAAGAGCGGGAACGCCUGGUGAGGAUGUAUUUUGACAAGUAUGUUCUGAAGCCAGCCACAGAAGGAAAGCAGCGCUUGAAGCUGGCUCAGUUUGACUACGGGAAGAAGUGCUCAGAGAUCGCACACCUGACGGAGGGCAUGUCGGGUCGGGAGAUCUCCCAGCUUGCUGUGGCAUGGCAGGCCAUGGCAUAUGCCUCUGAGGAUGGAGUCCUCACUGAGGCCAUGGUGGAUGCCCGGGUCCAGGAUGCCAUCCAGCAGCACCAGCAGAAGAUGCAGUGGCUGAAGGCUGAGGGUGGCCAGGCUGCGUGA